CCAGUCCUUCCUUCGGUUGCUCCCUGUGGUGAGAGCUCCUGGAUGGUGGCAGGGUCGUCCCCGGGGCAUUGCUUUCUGCCCACGUGUCUUUUCCUUGCCUUGCUCCAGACGCCUGCACACAUACCCCGCCGCGCAUCCUGGGUGACACUACCCGGGAGAGGGGUUGUCCCACCCAGGAUACCUGGGCUAUUCAUUCCUUUCCAAUGCAUUGCUCUCUAUAGGGUCGAAAUAGAUUUGUGUCUGUGUAGCCUUCUUUUCCUGUGGAUCGGGGCCACUGGUCUCUAAUCUGUGUUUCAAUCCCAGUAGCGAUCUCCUGGCUUUCAUUUCUGUCCUCUGCAAACAGUCAUGGACGUACAGUAGCUGCCAAAUGGUGAUGAUAACCCACAGGCGGCACCAUGUUAGUUUUCUGAAAGUGAUUGUUAUCUUAACUGAUAUUCUAGGUGCUUCCUGAGUGGGGCAGACACCAUCGUGAGCGGUGAUGAGGGUGGGUUUCAAGACCCUGGGCUCAACGUGAGUGGGAAAGUCAGCGUUCUGGUCCGUAGAGGCCAGUUCCACCUUUCCCGGUAGGAGCCGUGUUGGAUAAUGCGGGUUCCUGCUUUUUAUGUGAUUUUUGCCUUCCUUUCAAGGACCUUAGAGUAGAUUAUAGUAGAUUUUAGGGUCAUAGGCUGUUCGAAACUUAUAUUUCUUGUGCACGCGAUGCAAAUGAUGGGAUAGUGGAUUGCCCUUUGUGUUGUGGAUAUAGUGGAUUAAUGUUCAGUAUUCAUUUCAACCUUUAUCUGCCUAAUGUGUCUGUCUUCCUGGUUCGCAAAGGUAGGGCAGCUUAAAACUACAUUACCCAGAAGUCCUUGUAGCUAGGGUUCCGUAUGCCGGUUGGCUCAAGCAAUGAGACUGACUCAGGAUUUAGGAAGCAAAAGUGAGGCAGAACUUUUGACCGUCCUGGGGAGCUUAUCGAUGGUCGUAUCUGUUGGUUUCUGUGAAUGUGGGUUUGCAACAAACUUCCGGUGUCCAGUCAUUAGGUGGAGUCAAGGGCUUCCUGACUCUCUUACACUACAGUGGUAUAUUGGAGUUUCAGUCGCAUGGCUGUUUUGGGAUUCCCUGAUUGGUUGAUUGGUUAGAAUUUACGAAAUAGGGAAAGAAACUCCUAACCUGUCAGAUGUCUAGUAGGAGUUCCUGUUCUCUAAAAUCGAAUAAUGAAUUUUAGAAACAAUGGAAGUUAAAAGCAGGGCAUAUUUAUUGAGGGAAAGAAAGCUUCUGUCGGAGAGAGAGAUAGAGGGAUCCCUAGUGAGUUAAGUGCCUGCCUUUUCUAGGAAUUUUUCUAGAGCAAAUCCAAGAGGCUGGUCCAAGGUGGGAAAAAAUCGGAAUCGCAAAGAGGGCAUGAGGUGGAAAAAACUAUGGUCAAUCAGUAAGAGUACCAGGAUAAUUGCUCAGGUAAAAUUAAUUAAAUGGGGAAGCAAGUGACAUAGCAAGCUGGUAUGAAUACAAAAUAAGGGCUUUUCCUAUAAGGGAUUGGUGACCCUUUGUGGCUUCCUUAAGGUGAUUGAUACCUAUAUAGAAUAUCAACCCCUGAUGUUUAUCCUUAGUAAGUAUAUGGGUGCAUUUGUUUUAUCUUUUGUCUUAAGGUCUGGCCCUCAGUGGAGGUGCUUGUUUCCCCCAUAUUCGCAAGGUAUAUCUGGCCUUGUGCACUGGCUUCUUUGAGGGACCAGCCCUAUCUGAAUGCCUGUAAUAUUUCUCCCUGACUUAGCUGUCUAUAACAGUUACAGCUUCCAGGUGAGCCAAACACAAAUCUUCCCCUCCCCAUAUAUUUAUUUCUCCCAUUCUCUUCCCCGUGUCAGUACUUAUCCUUCUGCUCCAAAUAAACAUCAAAAGAGUCCAAGAGAUGCGCCCCACCCAAGGGGGCCUGGAAUUUAUGGCAGUCCUUUUGCCUCAGCCUUCUAAGUGCUGGGAUACAAGCAUGCACCAGGGUUUAUUUUGAUUUUAAUCUCCCACAUGCAGCUAUUGAGAAGCUACAUCUGAUGUUUACUCUUGUGUUAGUUACUUUUCUCGCAUUGCUUGGACAAAAUAUCUGAUGCCCAAGAUUAAAGAAGGAAAGGUUUAUUUAGCUUACAGUUUGUGCAAGUUUCAGUCCAUAAUCUGCUGGGUCCAGGGCAGGGUAGUUUAUGGCAGAGGGCAACAGCUCAUGGUGGUGGCAGAUACCAAAAGCAACAAGAGCAAAAAGGGAGGAGCAUGCAAGAAGACUCUGUUACUUAUAUUGUAUGUAGGCACACCCACUGUAAGGUGUGUAUAGCACACAUACACAUAUUCCCAGCAUUGGACCGUGAAUCAGUCACAAACUAUAGAAGCCUGCUGCCAUGACUGCAUGAAGCUUUGGGGGGACAUCCAAACACAAACCAUAACAACCUAAACUGGCUCCUCUUUAGCUCCAUUCCUAGCAUCCUGGUCCAAGUCAUCAUUGUGUUUCUCCUUGGCAUUGAUGCUAGGUUCCUGACUACUUUCCCCACUUUGUGUCUUACUCCUUGAUAAUCAAUUUAAAACCAUUAUAUAUAGAUAAUUUACUACUUCAUUUAAAAUUCUGGUUGGGGAUAUAGCACACUGGUACAGGUGUCUGCCUGGCAGUCAUGGAGUCAUGAAUUCAAUCUCUGAUACAAAAAAUAGAAUAAAAUAAAAUCCUUACAUAGCUUCCUAUUACAUUUAGAAUCCAAAUCUUUGCAGUAGCUCAAGAUUAGACUUUCCUUCAACCAUACCUACCCUGAUCACUUUAGCCUUCUUGCAGAUUAUAUUUCUCUUAGAAGGGUUCCAAAACUAACUCCAUCCCCACCCUCUGCUUUUCUUCUAAUAUUGGGAAUUGAACUCCAGGCUUUUGCACUGAGCUAUAUCCAUAGACUUUUUUAUGUUUUAUUUUGAGACAGUGUCUCACUAAGUUGUUCCAGCUAGGUUUGAAUCUGUGAUCCCACUGCUUUAGCCUCCUAGAGUUCUGGGAUUACAAAUGUGUGUCACCAUGCCUGGCUGGAUUCUCUCUUUUCAAUAGUGCCCCCUUAUCUAUGGUGGAUAUAUUCCUAGGUUGGAAGCCUAAAACUGCAGACAGUACCAAACUAUGUACUGUAUUUUCUCAAUAUGUAAUUAUGAUAGUAAGCGAUUAACAAUAGGUAAUAAUAAAAUAAAGUGACUAUAACAGUAUACAGUAAUAAAAGUUACUUGUGUCCAGGUGUGGUGGUGCAUGCCUAUAGUCCCAGCACUUGGGAGACUGAGACAGGGAUCCUUACAAGAUCAAGGGCAGCCUGAACUGUAUAGCAAGACCCUGUCACAAAAAGACAAAAAAUUACUUGUGAAUUGUUCAUUUCUGCAGUUUUCUGCUUCAUAUUUUGGACCAUGGUCUCUGAAACCUAGGAUAAGUACAUUUAAUGGAGAAAAAGGAGGGGCUAGGAAUGCAACUCCAAGAAUUCUUCCCCUCAUAGUCUGGGAGCCAGUAGGGGUGUAGGAUGCAGGGAUGAGAGCUUCCAGAAUCUUUGUUCUUCUGCUUCUUCGCCAAAUCUUUCAUCCUUCUCAGGCUCACAUUUUUCUCUGGCCACUCUAUGCCUACUUUGCUUUGUGUGCUGAGAGCUGUCCAGUGUGCAGCUGCCUCUACCUAUUGCAGCAUCAGUGGGGCACCUAAUUCCCAAGCCUACCCAAGAAGCAGAUGUAGUCUCCCCUGCUCUUUCCUUUGUAGCCCCAGAGAAAGCCUCACAGACCCUUUUGUGUUAAAGGUUUGGUUGCUAAUCACUGGUGAGAAUAGUAAAAGGUUGUGAAGUUCUUGGAGUUGUGGUCCGCUCCUAAGUCCUGCUGAGAGAAACCAUUGUAAAGGAAAGGAUCCCAGUGGCUUGUAGUUGAGGCACAGGUCAGGUUUGUGUACCCCUUCCUCUCCAGGGAAAGUGAACAGCCUCCGUGGUGUAUUCCAAGCCCCACCCGUGCCUCUGUAAACCACUGGGAUCUUUUCCUCUGUGAUGCUUUUUCUUCUUGUCACUGGUGCCUGGAAAUCCUAAGGUCCCUGAUUGUUGCCAUGAUGUCUGUAACCCUGUUCACAGGACUCUCCUGAGGUUACACAGAAGAUACUGGUUUGUGCUUCCACUUCAGAAUCCCCUCAAGUCCUGCUAGGCAGGGCAGAGCUUGGCAGAUGGUGGGUAAUUUAAGUACAAAUUGCUCUUUGUACUGCUGCGUAUCUGCUGCAGACAAUAGCUAUAGGAGGAGGACUUGCCCAGCUUCGAUGGCAUGGGAGGGCAGGUCGGUGUCUGGAUAACCUUGGGCUCAGGCCUCCAGGUUUAAACAGUUUCCAAGAAAUCUGAUAGGCUCGGGCGCCCCCCUGUGGUUCCCAUGGGGAAGAAGAGCUGCGUGGCAGAAGAAUCUCUGCUUGGAGUGUACCCCUACCCCCCAACCCCAGGCAGCUAGCAUCUCAGGGCUGCCUCCCGACCUACUGACCUACUAUGUCAGAGUUUGCUCUUUUUUUUUUGCCCCCUUCAGUUCUGGGGGUUGAACCCAGGGCCUUCACACUGAGCUACACCCCCAGCCCUUUCUAUUUUAUAUUUUGAGACUAGAUUUCCCUCAUUUGCUGUGUUGCCCAGACUGGGCUUGAACUUCUGAUUCUCCUGCCUCAGCCUCCCAGAGUUCUGGGAUUACAGAUGUGUACUACCAAGCUCGGCUUCAGAAUUUGGACUCUAACCAAGAUCUGCACACUGAACUUUUUUUUUUUUUUUUUUUUUUUGUGUGUGUUUUUCGUUUUUAUCGGUACCAGGGAUCGAACUCACGACUGCCUGAUUGCAAGGCAGGUGCUUUGCCGCAGAGCUAAAUCCCCAGCCCCGCACACUGAACUUUGAAGGGCACUGCCCUGGCAGACUCCAAGAUGACCCUAAAUGCUCUUUUUAUCUGAUGAGGCAAAGAUCACACAGCUUCUAGGCAAAGCUGCCGCUGCUGAGGGGCUCUGGAGAUUGCACAGGCCACAUCCUAUUUCAUAUCCUAAUGUUUCUUCCCAAGACAUGUUUUCCCAUGCCAACAUUUAUGGUUUUCUUUUGGGCUUUGCAUGAGCCUGAGUAGAGUGAUUCUGCCCCCUGAGCCAUCCAUUUGUCUUUCCAGGCCAUUUUGGCCCUAUACAUGGCAGUAGAGCAGAAGGCUUGAGUUGUGCAGAGCCCUGCGAACCUCACUGGGGCAACAGAACUCCUGUGGUAGAGGAAAUGGGCCCAGUUAUAUAAGCAUGCUUGAUGAGAUUGACCCCAGGAGUGUCGCUCUAAUUCUUAAAUUCCCCCAACAGUUCUGCUUUGUACCUCUAUCUGUUUUGCUUCUUCAAGCCAUAAGAUAGAUUUCUCCUGGAGCUUGGCUUUUCCUGAAAUAGUGUACCUUCUUGCGUGGAGUCUGGACUCUGCUUAGGACAAAGGUUAGCAAAACUUUGCAUGAGAUAUUGGAAGCCUUGGGCUUUACGUGUUUCUCUCCCUCCCCCAACCCAGUGCUGUGACCUUAGGCAAGUUGCAAGCAGGUGUGUUCAUGCCCACCCUGCCUUUUGUCAAGGGGUAUAGUAUGGCUCAUGAAAGAGAGAAAUUGAACCGGGCAUGUGUUGCAGACCAGAAGUUCAAGCCCAACCUGGGGAGUUUAGUAAUUUAGCAAGACCCUACUUCAAACAUAGAAAGGGCUGGAAUGUAGCUCAAUUGAAGGCCCUUCAUUCAGUCCCCACUAUGAUGUGUGUGCAUAUGUAGGGGUGGGAGUGGACCUAGAAGCUUUGGGAAAUGUGAGGCUACAGUAAUUUAACUUAAAUUCUUAGAGGAACCAGGUGUGAUGGUGCAUGCUUAUGAACCCAGCACCCUGGGAGUAGAGGCAGACGGAUUGCAAAGUUGAGCCCAGGAUGGAAAAUAUAAGUCAAGUGACCUUGACUCAAAUUAAAUAAAAAAUUUAAAAAGGCUGGAGCUGUAAAUCAGUGUGAAGGCCCUGGAUUCGAUCCUCCGUCCUGCCCCCCCCCCCAAAUCCAAAGCCCCUAAGAGUCUUUCCAAUGCUUAUGUGGGCUGGAAAGGAGAACUGUAGCAGACAAGAUGUACUUGGGGAGGAAGCUGUUUCUCCAGAGGGCCGUUUGGGUUUCAGCUUUGUGCGUGUCAUUGUGGGGAGGUGGAGAGUGGCCCACGCAGCAGAAAGGUGCAUCUGUGUAUGUGUGAAGUGGUGUCAGGCCGUGUGCACACAUGUGAAGUCCCCUCUGUCUCUGUGUGCAGUGCUGUGCGUGGGAUUCAGCUCUUUCUCAGUCGAGACACCUGGGUUCCGGUUUGGUGGCCUUGAAGGAGUCCCUUAGACUUUCCCAUACCUGAGUUUUCUCCCUUUUUCAGUUAGUGAAUUGUAGUGGUUGAUUCCUAAGGUCUCUUCCUGCUCUGCCAUGCUCAGUCCCCAGCUUGAGUCCAGGGAUUUCUGCUACUCGUUUUACUGUCUAAUUUAGUUUCUGAGUCUCUUCACUACUUUGGGCCAGCCACUCCGCACGUCAGCUUCUAUACCUGAAUUGUUACUCCGCGAAGAGCUUGAAUUUGGCUUUUCUGGAAAUACUAUGUUACUCACUGGAAAUGCAGGAAGCUUGAGCAUGAAACUUACUCUUCAAAAAAAAAAAAAAAACAACACAGCAAGAAACCACAGGGCCUAUCAGCCUGUCGUCAUCAAGCAGACUAGAAUAGUGCAGAAAACCCUAGGCAGAGAGGAAAUGAACUUGAGAGAAGGGGGAACGCAGGCGGAGACGACAGAGGAGAGGAAGAGGCUGGAGCCACAGCAGGAGCGCAGGAGGCCGGGCGGGCGGCAAUGGUCAGGAUGGAGGAGGUGGCUGUGAAGCAAGGCUCUCUGCAUCUCCAGCAGCAGCAGACUUUUGGCAAGAAGUGGCGCCGGUUCUCAGCUGUGCUGUAUGGAGAGUCAGGCUCUGCUUUGGCCCGUCUGGAACUCCAUGAGGGACCAGAGAAGUUGCGACGAGGAGAGGCUGCCCGGAAGGUCAUCCGCCUCAGUGACUGCCUGCGAGUGGUCGAGGGGGGCGGGGAGGCCAGCAGUCCCCGGGACACCAGUGCCUUUAUUCUGGAGACCAAGGAGCGCCUGUACCUGCUGGCAGCACCCAGUGCAGAGCGAGAUGACUGGAUGCAGGCCAUCUGCCUCCUGGCCUUCCCUGGGCAGAAGAAGGAGUCCUUGGGACCAGAUGAGAAGGAUAGCUGGCCCCACAUGGAGGAGAACGAACUAUACAGCAGCUCAGUCACAGGGGUCUCCUGCAAGCAAUUUGCUGUGACCAUAAGACCCACAGAAGCCAGUGAGCGGUGCCGGCUUCGGGGUACCUAUACCCUCCGUGCUGGGGUGAGCGCCCUGGAGCUAUGGGCUGGCUCUGAGCCAGGCACCCAGCUGUAUGACUGGCCCUACAGGUUUCUUCGGCGCUUUGGGCGGGACAAGGUGACCUUUUCCUUCGAAGCUGGCCGGCGCUGUGUCUCUGGUGAGGGCAACUUUGAGUUUGAGACCCGGCAAGGCAAUGAGAUCUUCCUGGCCCUGGAACAGGCCAUUGCUGCCCAGAAGGAUGCUACCCCUCCUGUGCCCUCACUUGUGCCAGCUACAGUACCUACAGUGCCCACCGAGCUGCCCCGGCCUGAGAGCCCCUACUCCCAGCCCCACGACUUGCUCCCGCCACAGCCUUUGGCUAGUGCACGGGCACAGCCUGGCUUGCGGCCCCCGGAGAGCGAGUAUGCUGUGCCCUUCGAUGCAGUGGCCCGUUCACUGAGCAAGAGCUUACAGAGCAUCCUUGCAAGUCCUUCCCCACUCUCGGCAGACCCUUUCUAUGACAGCAUUGAGGAGGCUAAGGCCCCUGUGCCUGACCACAUCUAUGAUGAGCCCGAGGGCGUGGCCACCCUGUCCCUGUAUGACAUCCCACAGGAAUCCCCGGGGCAAGCAUGGAGGAGGAAGGCCACAGUAGAUGGGGGUCCCAGUGAUUCCCAGAAGGACUGCUCUGUAUUGGGCUGGCCACAGGGGACUGAGUAUGACAAUGUUGUACUUAAGAAAGGUUCAAAAUGAAUGGGCAUCAAGGAGUGUGGCCAUGCUGAAAUGUACCCCAGGAAGGGGGUCAGAGGUCAGGGAAGAGAAGGGCUGGGGAAGGCAUGCCUCCUCUUGCAACUUCUACUAGGGAGUCCUCUGGCCACUGCAAGGGACCCCUCCCUCUGCCUCUUCUGGGGCCCCUGACUUCUUGGCCAAUGAACGUUCUUUCCCAGAGGCCCCUGGGUGAGUCACCAGCCUAGAGCAGGAAGAGUGUGUUGAAGAGACCCACCCCCCUCCUACUCCUUUUCCACUUCCCCCUCGCUUUCCUGGCCCCUAAAAGGAGGCUGGGUCAUUUAGGGCAGAGAACAAAAGCAUGUCCAUGAAUCGCCCUAGUCAGUGUCCUCUUCCUGGAACAGCUCUUGUCCCAGGUUCCCGAGCGAUGACUGCAGCUUUUUGCAGGUUUUAGAUUUCUCUGGCAUUAAAAUGUUUCUGAAAUA